AUGUCUGUUACCAUGACGCUGGUGGAGAUGGAGGAGGAUUUCACGGACCUCACCAUUCCCGCUGAUUACAUCAAAUUCUAUGGCGACCCUCUCAGUCUCGUCGCCGGCCUAGACUCCACACCAACGCAGUGGAAGGGAAAAGGCAAGGCCGUGGGGCCUUCCAUUGACGACGAACAGCCAACUGUGACGGGAGAGAAAGAAGUCGACUGGACCAAGUACAGCCCUCCUGCGGCUUUGCACACAACGCCGAAUUUUCAUGACGAUGUUCUCGUUCACAUAAUCAAGACAUCAAUCGACAGAAUACAAGCGCGCAACGCCGCAGAGCAUCGAAAAAGAGAGGAAGAAGAGGAGCAGCGGAUAAAGUCGAGUGAGCCAACGACCCCAGACUCUGAAGAGGAUGCAGCCGCCAGGGAACCAUAUCUUCCCAUCAUCAUACCCUCGGAUGACCCUCAACCCGUCUCCAUCUCUGAAGUGCAGGCCCACCUCGACGAAGCAGAAAAAGAAGACCUUGAGAACCUUUUCUCCCACGACACACCUGUAUCCAGGACGCCUUUUGAUUUUGACACCAAGCCAAAGAAGGGCCGCAAGUUCAAGCUCGCCCGCCUGCUCAAGCGUCUCGCCGAUAGGGACAGUGACACUCCCGCAGCCGGAGACUCGUCAAAGAAUGAGGAGCCGUCUAGCUCAUCUGAGGUCACCAUCAAAUAUGAAGAGCCACCGCUACCGCCAACGCCACCGGAAGAAGUUGAAUGCGUCUCCUGCCUAGAUGACUUUCCUCAGUCGGCUCUUGUCAAGAUUACCUGUCACAGCUAUUGCACCUCGUGUUUCCACCGCCUCAUCACAACCGCAUGCCAGAACGAGCAGCAGUGGCCCCCUAAGUGUUGCCUCAACACAAUCCCCGAGGAGACAACUCUCGCCCACAUUCCGGCCGACCUCCAGAAGACAUUCCGUCGCCGCGCCGAGGAGUGGGCUCUCCCGGCUCCAGAUCGAAUCUACUGCAGCCGACCCACCUGCUCACGCUUCAUCCCCCCGAGGCGCAUCAACCACGCCACCCGCACAGCGCGCUGCUCCCACCGCAGCCAUCCUCCAACCUGCACCCUCUGCCGCGGCCCCGCUCACCCUACCACUGAGGCGUGCCCCUCCGACCGCGACGCCGCCCUCACCGAGGCCCUCGCUGCCGAUGCCGGCUGGAUGCACUGCGGCGCGUGCCACGCGCUCGUCGAGCAUCGCGAGGCAUGCCAGCACAUGACGUGUCGUUGUGGGCACGAGUUCUGCUACGUCUGCGCGCUACCGGGGCAGACGGGUGGAUGUACCAUGGACUCGCUGGCGGAGAAACUCGCGGCGCCGGGGGCGGGGGCCGGGGGCGCGACUUCUCAGGAGGCAGAGGAGGAGGAAGCGUGCGAAUGGUAG